UCGGCGUCUGUGUGUCAUCCUCCCCCCUCCCGCGCACUGUCGCUGUUGGAGGAAGAGCCCUGGGAGAAGGGUGCGACGCGCCGCGCCCGCGUGUCAAUGGCAGCUGCGCAUUCUGGAAGAACGCCGAGGUGCGCCAAGCAGAAGCAGGGAACAAAGGAGCAGCGUGGGGAGGGGAGCGAGUUUGGCGAGGAAGAGCCCCCGGUCCGCUGCCAGAAGAUCCCGGCAGGAGGAAGCCCAAGUGUCACUUGAAUUCCACCCAAGAAGCGGACGCCUGGGAUCCGACCGCCUCGUUUAGCAGUAACGGCUGGAGCGUGUCCCAUAAGUUACCGGAGAGUCGGCCCGUAAGGAGGAAAAUCGCUCGCCUCCUGCGCCCCUGUUCUUGGCCCCCCCGAGACCCCAGCAUUGCCUCGCGCUGGAAGGGGAGCUCCAGAAUGAAAAGCAAGAAAGGAACGAGGCUGGGACCUGGCGGCCGCUGGUUAGGAAUGCUCGGGACCAGUAGCCCCGGCGCACCAAGUCCUGUUAGUGAGCGCCGACUCAUGGAAACAAUGAAAGGUGUUGUUGCGGCAUCCGGCAGCGAGACUGAGGAUGAUGACAGCAUGGACAUCCCUCUGGACCUUUCCUCUUCUGCUGGCUCAGGCAAGAGAAGGCGAAGGGGCAACCUUCCCAAGGAAUCUGUUCAGAUUCUCCGUGAUUGGCUGUAUGAGCACCGAUAUAAUGCCUAUCCCUCAGAGCAAGAAAAAGCAUUACUGUCCCAACAAACACACCUAUCUACACUACAGGUCUGUAACUGGUUCAUCAACGCCCGCCGCAGGCUCCUCCCUGACAUGCUGAGAAAGGAUGGCAAAGAUCCAAAUCAGUUCACAAUUUCGCGCCGUGGGGCCAAGAUUUCUGAAGCGAGCUCUGUGGAGUCAGCAAUGGGCAUCAAAAACUUUAUGCCAGCUCUAGAGGAAAGCCCAUUUCAUUCCUGUACAGCUGGACCAAACCCAGCCCUAGGGAGGCCAUUGUCCCCUAAGCUUUCGUCUCCAGGAUCAAUUUUGGCUCGUCCAUCAGUGAUCUGUCAUACCACUGUGACUGCAUUGAAAGAUGUGCCUUUCUCUCUCUGCCAGCCAGUUGGUGUAGGACAAAACACAGAUAUACAGCAGAUAGCAGCCAGCAGCUUUACAGACACCUCCCUCAUGUAUCCAGAGGACACGUGUAAAUCUGGACCAAAUACAAAUACACAGAGUGGUCUUUUCAACACUCCUCCCCCUACUCCACCGGACCUCAACCAGGACUUUAGUGGAUUUCAGCUUCUAGUGGAUGUUGCACUCAAACGGGCUGCAGAGAUGGAGCUUCAGGCAAAACUUACAGCUUAACUCUUCAAGCAAAACAGUUCUUAACAAAUGUUAUGAUUGCCGGGGUGAUGGCAAGAGAUGAAUUGCAUUAUUUUAUAUAUUUUUUUAUUAAUAUUUGCACAUGGGAUUGCUAAAAUGAAGCUUCCUGUUACUGAGGUGUCUUCAAUGGAAUACAGUCAUUCCAAGAACUAUAAACUCAAAACUACUGUAGAAACAAAAGUUUUUUUUUACUGUUUCUUGGUAGAUUGUUCAUAAUAAUGUGAGAUGGUUCCCACGAUCAUGUGAUUUUUUUUUUUCUCCCCUUCCCUUUUUUUUAUUGGUGUUUUUUCAGACUGUGCAAUACUUAGAGAACCUAUAGCAUCUUCUCAUUCCCACGUGGAACAGGAUGCCCACAUACCGUCUAAUAAAUUUUCAGUUUUUUUCCAACAAGUAUGAAUCUAGUUGAUUGCCUUUUUUUCAUGAUAUAAUAAAGUAUUUUCUUUAAAAGUUACUGUAA